UGCAGCGGUAAACCCGGACGAGAGGAGAGGUUAUUCGGUAGAAUCGGUAUUUCUACGAAAGAACGAUAGACAAACAUAUGCGUGCUUUGAAAUAUUUUUCGAGAAGUGUCUGUCAUCGAUCAAACGUUAUUAAAUACAAAAAUUAUACGUUAGAAAUUUUUCACGUCCUCGUAUAAUUUCCUCAUCCUCGUCGUCCUCGUUGUUGUUGUUGUCGUCGUCGUCGUCGUCGUCGUCGUCGUCGUCGUCGUCGUCGUCGUCGUCGUUAUCUUCGUCGUCGUCGCCGUUGUCGUUGUCGUUUACGAAAGAAGAAAAAUAAAGAAAAAGAAGAAAAAAAUAAAAAAAUAAAAAAAUGUGCGUCCGUACAUUGGCCGGUAACGAAACAUUCAAUCCGAUGGAAAUACGACAGGAAGAAAAUAAUACUCAACGGCAAAAUAAUAAUAAACUUAAAAAGGCCAAAGAAAAAUAUAUGAAGAUUCACGAUGAGAUGAUUGCUAGAGAACUUCAAGUUAUUCAAGAACGUCGUAGAGUCGAUCAAUUUUUUUCACCUGAUAUAGCCGACGAUAUCCUUACUGCUAGUACCAUCAAAUACAGCGUAUUUAUUAAUGUCCUGUCGAGAUAUUACGAGACUGUACAGAGAAGUAAAAUUUUUAAAAUUCUCUUUUAUACGGCUCAACCAGCACACAUUAUCAUGAUAGUAGCCGUUCUCUUCGUGACAUCAAUCUUAGUACCAUCAAGAGACAAGAUCUAUGUAACUAACUCUUCAAGAAUUACAUCUUUCAUUUAUCUCGCUUCUUUUGUCAUGCAUUUUGGUGCACAAGUUUGGAUGACUUUUGUUUCAGGUCUUUCCUUAUAUUUUGCCCUUCCACGACAUACCUUUGGUGAGGUACAACGUGUACUCUUCCCUCGUUACUUCACCAUCAAUGCAUGCUUAAGUUUAAUCACAUUACUCAUAUUCGUAAAACAUCAUCCGAUAUAUACAUGGGAUACUGAAUUAACUAUUCAGGUCAUUGGAAUGUCAGGAGCUUUCUUCUUGGAACUAUUAAUACGUCUGUAUCUUACACCACCACUUUUGCAAUUGAUCAUUCAGAAAAAUGCUUUAGAACGAGCCGCAGGCGUAGGUAAUGAAAUUGGCCGACAUAAUCCUGGUCCUUUGAAGCACUGCCCACAUUAUCUCAAAAUACAUAAUGCAUUUCGACGUGUUCACGUUUCCAUUGCGAUGGGUAAUAUGCUUACUAUGGCUUGCACGGUUCUACAUCUUCAUUAUAUUGCAAGCAAAUUAUGCGUUUUAUAAGAAAAGGUUUUACUCUUCUUCUUCAUUUUCUUUUCCUAUUUUUUGCAUAGUCGAUAAAAAAAAAAAGAAAAAAAAAAAAAAAGAAAAAAAAAAUUGUAUUCCAUGAAAUAGUGCUUAAUGUCCAUCAGACGGAAGAAUAUUUUUGAUAAGCAACUAUAUACAAGUUUGAAUUAUUCAUUAAUUAUUCAAGUAAUUAAUUAAUUAAUUAAUUAUUGUUGGGUGCUAAAAAAAAAGAAGAAGGUAAUUUCUUCCAUAGAUUUUUUUUUUUAUUAUUAUUAUUAUUAUUAUUAUUAUUAUUAUUAUCAUUAUUAUUAUUAUUAAUUAGGAUUGUUUAAAUGAAAGUGAUAUGAUGAAAUUUUAACUUGAAUUUGGAUAGAUUUUCUUUUUCAAACAAAAACAAAUUUGAUCUUUUCUGAAUCGAUAAUGAAAAUGCUUGUGAACAGAAGGAAGCCUCGAGGAACUCAUUGUACUCUAUAUCUGAGGAUACAAUCGUAUUUAGUAAAAAAAAAAAGUUUAUGUAUUUAAUAAAAUUAGUCUUCUCCUGUUAACGUAUCAUUUAUAUUUCAUCGGCGAUAAUAGAUACUCAAGAUAGUAAAGAAUAUAUCUGAAAGAAGAAGAAAAAAAAAAAAAGAAAAGAAAGAAAGAAAAGAAACUGAGCUUAUUCUAACGUUGCGUAGAAUAUGAAUUCAGUGAAUUCAAAGAUAUUCUAAUAAGAAACUUCAUGCAACUUCGCUUACUCUUAUUUUAUCAAAUUCUAACAAGAUAUUAAUGCAAAUCUAUUUUGAAUACACAACUCUGGACAUAAUUAACGAUGUACGAAAUGAUAGAUUAAUAUUAAUUAAUUCUAAUAUAUAACAAAAUUUUUUAGGCUUAGUUUAUAAAAAAUGAUCUGUUUACAAAUUUUCUAUUUAAUAUUUACUAAAUUAUUCAUUUGUUUGAACGAGUGACAUGGAUGUAUGUAUUUAUGAGUGUACAAAAAAAAAAAAAAGAAAGAAAGAAAGAAAGAAAGAAAGAAAAAGAUUUAUUUAAAUACACCGUAAAUAAUACAUUUAAAAUUAAUUAAGAUAGCAAAAAUGUGUGUUCUAAAUGCAAAUCUUUAAUUCUUAUCUUGAUAUUCAAAUAAGAAAGUUGUAUUAGUUAGGCAAUUUACUUGACAUUGUCUUGUAUAAUUCACAUAUAAAUCAAUAUAUUAAUAUAUUGUGAAUAUAUUACAAGGAUUAUAUGCUUUCGAAAGAAUACAAAGAAUGUAUUUAUGUAAACAAUCCUCAGAUAGUUACUUUGAAAAUACUAAUGCACAGUCAUUUGCUCAAUUUUUAGACUGUGAAAGGCUUGCUCUGUAUCAGAGUUCAUACUAUUUAUUGAAGUAGAUGUACAAAAUGUAGAAUAAAUUUGUCGAAUGAUUA